UUCAGGGAGCUCCAUGCCAUCGACCUCCGACACGCUUCAAAGAAUUGGAUCCUAAAGCAUCAGUACUACAUCAACAUCUGGGAGAAUAGAGGGACAUGGGUGGUCCAAGGGAUGCCGGAGACGAGACCGAUGGGCUACCACGAUGGGUACAUGCAGUGGUAUCGGAAGUUCACCAAUAGAUGGGUGUCAAAGCAAGGUGCUGUGAUGGGUUCGUUGGUUGAUGGUUUGGAACACGCCAAACACACCCUCGAUAGUGCGCCAACCAUGGAUGAGCGCAAGACUUCAUGGUUGAGCAGGCUUAUGAACAACCUCUUGAGUUAUACCCGAGAGCAAAGGAGGGAUGUCGUGGCCUAUCCUCCCAUUCCCGCUCUGGCACGCCCAUCAUUCCGUGAAGGUCAGCCCAUUGAGCCCCCGGUUGAGCCCCCACGAAGGAGC